GUGAUUAUACGUCGGAAGACAUGCGGAAAACACGUUUAUGUCUACGUUAGCCGCAGCGUUGAACUUCAUUUAUAAAGUUAGCGAUGUGACUGUAGUCUACUCCAAUUUUUUGUGUUCGUAGUUCUUUCUAAAGUGAGUAUGUUGUCACUCGGAGAGUGUCUGAGUAUGUUGUCACUCUGAGCAAGUUGUGCAUGUAAAAAUGUGUGCCAUUACUGUAGAGGCAACAGUCAUUAGCGGGGGGAUAUCGCGAGCCAACUUGAAGCGAAGUAACCUUUUUUGAUAGCUAGGAAGCGACACUAAAAGUUAACGUUAGCUAUUGCAACGUAGGGUAGCUACCCUGUUUAUAUUCUGGAUUCAUGAUAAUACGUUGUUUUGAAACAGUAAAGAGGAGAAUCUGCAGCAAUAAUGUCGGGGGCCAAAAACAGGAUGCGCAAUAAAAAGAUGAGAGAUCAGCCCGGCAAUGUAACCUACUCAUCGCCAGGCUGGCGCAACGGUGGAGACACUCCUGCUGGUCGGACCGGUGAAGCCCAACAUGUGAAGGGGCACGGCUUGCCCCACCAGGGCGGUGGGUGGGUCAGAGGCCAUCAGUCAGGCGGCUCGGUUUACCCCCAGGAGCUUCCCAAAUACAUCACCAGCUCCUAUUUUGCCAGGGCCAGGGCUGCUGAGGUCAAGGCGAUGCUGAAGGCCGUCAACAAGAGGACGGGCAGCUGCCAUACCUUUGGCGCUCUGCCCAAACACAUGAGACGAAGAGCCAUGAGCCACAACACUAAAAGACUUCCCACCAGGCUACGAGAAGGCGCACAGAGGAUGUUGGAGAAAAGCCUACUAACUGGCAAGAAGAAGGAGGAGUCAAAGGCCAAGAGCCGCAAAGCUCGCCGUCGCCACGGUAACCUGCUGCUGGAGUUCAACCGCCGGCAGAGGAAGAACAUGUGGCUGGAGACACACAUCUGGCACGCCAAGCGCUUCCACAUGUUGAAGAAGUGGGGCUAUUGUCUGGGGGACAGGCCCACCUUUAAGUGCUACCGGGCCUGCUACAGGGCUAUGAGCAGCCACUGUCUCCUGCAGGACCUGUCCUAUUAUUGCUGUGUGGAGCUGCAGGGACCAGAGGAGGAGCUCCUCAGCGCCCUCUCCAGGCUUACCAGUAAAGACGCAGGGCCAACCUUUGCUGCGGUGCAGUGCCUAUCCGGGCGCAGGCAGGGCAGUGUGGUUCUUUACGGAUCAGAUCAGUACCCCGCCCAGCCUCUGGGCCCUGUGCUCUUCCUCUGGAGACCCCGUUGUGAAGGCUCUACUGACAGACAGCUGUGGAUUUGGGGCCAUCCCACGCUAAAGCAGGAUCUCCUGUCUGAGCUGAGAGCAGUGUGCCAGUGUUCAGAAGCUGUGUUGCCAGUGCCCGUGCACGUACCCGUGCCCGAGCCCACUCCAGCAGGGGCAGCAGAAGCAGCAGCAAUACCACCCAAAGGCCCCGCUCAGAAGCAGGCCAGCAGCCGGAAGAGGAAGAGGGCAGAGCAGGACUCUGAUGGCCUGCCGGCCAAGAAAAUCUUUGGGGAUGGGACUCGGUCACCUACCUGCCCUGUCACAUGGAAGUCAGCCUUAACUGGAAUAGUCAUUAAUGACCUCACCAUGGAGAUCGUGCGGUAUCGUCUCAUUGGUCCACUCUCUCACUCAGUCUUGACGGAGGCUCUGUGUCCUGCCACAGACUGUGAUGUAGAAGCCAAGAAUAGACAGUCAUGCUUCUGGUGGCCAGAGCACUCCAAACAGGAGCAAAACAUGGCUCUUCACAGGGAGCAAACCGAUGUCUUCCAGCUGCUCAAAGGUGUGUAUUCCUCCACUGAGAUUCCUGGGGGUUCUGUCCUGGGCCUGACUGUAGAUGACCCCCGACUCACCCUGCCCCGCAUGAGAUGCAAAGCUGAGCCUGACCUCCAGCAGGCCAUAGGCGUGGACGAGGAGAAGAGAAGGGCCCUCACCCUGCAGGGAGUACCAGAGCACUGCUGCCAAAGCGCCUUGUGGGACCGGAACGUGAGGGACAACGCCACCGACAACAAGAUCACAGAGAAGGAGCUGAAUCGGAUGCGGAGCGAGCUCCUGGUGCCCGGCUCCUGCCUGAAGCCCACCCCUCCACAGGGCCGAGUCCCCGUGCUGCUGGUGCACCAGCCAGGCAAGCAGCUGGGCCAGGAGAUGCCCUCCUGGGGGGCAGGAUGGGACCUGCUGCUGCCCAAAGGCUGGGGCAUGCCCUUCUGGGUGCCUCUGGUGUAUAGAGGGGUCCGUGUCGCCGGCCUCCAGAUGAGCGCGAAGCACUCCCAGCACAAGGGGGCGCCCCACUUCCCCCACGACUACCCAGACUGCAUUGCGGGCGCCCGCUUCCAAGAUGAGCAGCAGGCAGAGCUUAUGAACAAGUUUACGAGGCGUCCGCCUGGCAAGAGGACCAAUUACAUCAAACACGGCUGCCUGGCGCCGUUCCGAUGCCCCUGGCAACAGCUGGUGGAGGAAUGGGUGGAGAUCGUCAAGGAGACCGGCGAGGGCUCUGAUGCCCAGACUGGCGUGGAGACAGACGGCGUUCCACCCAGGAGGUUUUCUGUGCUCAGGAGCAGGAAGGUGAUGAGGCAGCUGUCUGUCUGGUGUAAGCCCAGCUCUUCUAAAGGCCAGAGGCUCCAGCGUGCCCCUCAGCCCGCUUCACUCUGCCCCGCCACGGCCGCCUCUCUCUGGGCAUCGCACGGGCACAGCCUGGUGUGGGCGCGCUUCUCGCUGCUUGCCAAGGGCCGUCCAGAACUGCAUGCCAUGGUGUGUGUGCCCACGGACGAGGACCUGCGGCUGCUGAGCAAGGAGCCCCGCUGCAUGGGCCCCCAGGAGCCCCUGCACGUGGACCAUUUCAGGAAGCGCGUGAAGAGCGCACGCAAGGGCAAGAAGAAGAAGGGAGGUAAAGCCAAAGGGGCCUCAGAGGAGCAGGUAGUCGGUUCUGAUGGUGUCGCCGAGAAGCCGGACUCGACCUCUGACCCGAGCCAAAGGCCCACUGAGCAGCCAAGCUCUGUCCCAGCCCUCACUCAGAACCAAGAGGUCGUUUCCACGCCCAGCAGAACUUCAGACGGCGACACGGACGCCACCCCAGCUUCUGUGGCCCCCUCUGCUCCUGCUCCUGCUCCGGCCACAGAGGAGAGGCUGGUCCUGGGGCUGUGGCCGGAGCCCCUGCCGAGCGUCACGUCCCACUGCUCACGCGUUACCCUGGGCUGGGUGACCCAGGGCGACUUCUCCCUGGCGGCGGGCUGUGGGGAGGCGUUGGGGCUGGUGAGCCUGACGGGCCUCCUGCAAGCGCUCCUGCGGCAGCCCCCCGAGCAACGGGGCCUGCUGCUGCUCAGGAACCCCUCCUCUCUGCAGUACCGCUUCGCCAAGGUCACCAUCGAGGCCUGAGCCUGCCGGCGCAUGUGUCUAUGCCAACACGGACCUGAGGACACACACACACACACACACACACGUGACCAAAAUCUGAUCAGUCACAGGGUACUGGCUAUUAUCAGUAGGCGAAAGCAAAACCUGCAGACCACUAGUUUGCUACAUUCUCCGGGUUGCCAUUGCGCGCGCACACACACACACACACACACACGACCAGAUUCUGCUCACUCAUAGGGUACUGGCUAUUUUCCAUGGACAGCUGCAGAGGACUGACUGAAAAACUGAACGCUGAUCAGCAAGACAGCACUGUGUAGUCGCCUACGUGUGAACGAGGCAGAAGAGCUUAAAUCCCCGCGACUUAGACGUGAAUGCGGGGGCAUGGUUCAAACUUAGGUCACAUUCAGUCAAAGCUUUGGUCAUGUCUGCCAUGUAAAAGGUGGUAUAUCUGCAGCCUCUAUUAUUAGAUGCGACAGGCAUGGGCAAAUUUUGUGCACUCCAGCCUUUGGUUUCAGUGACGUCGUGAGGUCGUUGUUGUUGUUAUUCACUUAAAGCUUGGCUUAAGGUUCAGCCCUUCAGGGUGUGGGUGCUCGUUUGAGUGAAACCUAAACAAUAAACCCUUCCAGGAAAAAAAUGCUUUACUGAAGUACAACACAAUGCGCAGUUUAUCUUGCAUGACAUUUGGAAAAACUGACCACCUUUCUCAAAGUAAUGGCCUGACUAAGCACUAGUGCCUCUGUGUGUCUCCCCUAUGCUAUGCUUGGUCAGAGUCUCCUCAGAGUUUACCUGGAGAUUUAUUGGCAUCGACGUGUGUUUGGUGUGACUUGGGUCAUCCACAAAGUGACAGACUGUUUGGUCAGAGUGUGAAUGAACUGGAACAGAAGCUGUCCAUCGCGGGGGAAACUUUCAUCACUCUGGGUGACCUCGUGGUGUGUUAAGAGUGAUGGGACUAACAUUAGGUUAGAAACGUGUGUGAGGUAUGGCUUAUGGUGCAUGUAUUUUCUCAUGAAAACGUUCAGUGCCUAAACCUUUGGGCAGAGAACAUUUUUUUUGUUUUUUUUUAGGUUUGGUUCAAAUGCUCUGUGGGCACUGAGGCCUCUCUCUCUUAUUUCCAAAGGGACUUACAUCUGGGUCAGAUGUUUUAUUCAUUUGGAUUAUAAAUAAUUAGGUUUUACAUGGUGUUUGGUUUGACUUUGAUAGAUGUGUUAUGUUGGCCUCAGCACCAGUCGUUUUAUUUCCCGCUUCAGUAGUGGUUUUCAUGUAUUUGGCACCGGUUUCCUUUUGAAAAUGCUAAUAAAGUCUACCUCUGUCCCAA